AACAGGAAUUGGAAGCGGCAUGGCUAUGACACCGCCGAGAAUAUUCGCCUCUGAGAUAUCCUUACCUAAUAUGCGUGGAGUUAUUGGGUCCUUUUCUACAUUGGCCAUUUCCAUCGGUAUAAGUAUACAGGCUGGACUGGGCCAAUUUCUAACUUGGCCUAUCAUCUGUUACAUCUGCAGUAUCUACACGAUUGCUAACUUCCUGUCUUUCUUCUUUUUGCCCGAAACACCGUAUUUUAUGUUGAAAACUAAAAAUGUGGCCGCAGCUCGAGUUGCUCUCAAACAUUUUAGGGCUCGGAACUACGACUUUGAUAAGGAAAUGGAACAAAUAAAGGAAUAUAAGGAGGAUAUGGAUAUUCACUAAGCGCUCGUAAGCGUCUAGCACUGUUGUUCACACGUUCGUCGUGCAAACCCUUCACUCUAAUUGUGGUGUUUUUAUUUUUCACCCAGAUCACAGGCACUUCUAGUGUCAUGAUAUGGGCGGUGGAAAUGUUGACGGUAAUACAUUUAUGUCUCGUUGGUUGGUU